UAUUGUUUUGAUUUAUUACCUCGUCGGUCGUUGCGCGCUGGCACAGUUUUUAAAAUAGUGCACUUCCUUGUGCGUCUCCGCAGUGCCCUAAACGUCGUAUAUUCUUUGUCUGUCCUGCCAAGAGCUCAACAGAGUAUCCUUACAUAACUGAGGAUUUAUUAUAAUUUUAUUAGAGCAACGAGGAUACUAAAACCAAUUAACUAAGACACGCAAGUGCUGGCACACUGCGCUAUUAUGCAAAUUGCAGGCGAAACAACAACAACAACAACAUUGCAGCUGGCCUAAGAAAAGAGAAGCAAAUGCAAAAAGUGACUUGGCAAACCAAGAAAACCAUCCAAACCCAUAAUAAACCAGCUGUGAUUGUGAUCUUUGCUUUCGGUUCUCCAUACAGUGGGUGGUGAAAUGGGCGGCGGGAUGGGGGGCGGUGGGCUGCUGGACAUUUACGCCAUGGCCUGGGAGCAUCUGAGACCCGGAAGUUCGCCCGUCGAUUGGUGCGAGGGCAAUUAUUUGAUUUCGUCCAAUAUCGCCGAGUUCGUGAACACGUUUAGCAAUUUUUUGUUUAUACUCCUUCCGCCCGUGCUGAUAAUGCUGUUCAAGGAGUACGGACGCUUCGUAACGCCCGGAAUCCAUGUGAUCUGGGUGCUGCUCAUUAUAGUGGGCCUAAGUUCAAUGUAUUUCCACGCUACGCUCAGCUUAAUAGGACAACUGCUCGAUGAACUGGCGAUCCUGUGGGUUUUCAUGGCCGCAUUUUCACUAUUCUACCCAAAGCGUUAUUAUCCCAAGUUUGUGAAAAACGAUCGCAAAACCUUCAGUUGGCUCAUGCUGUUGUCGGCGAUCGCGGCAACGGGCUUGUCGUGGUGGAAGCCCAUUGUUAAUGCCUUUGUUCUUAUGUUCAUGAGUAUACCGACCAUGAUAAUGCUCUACACGGAGCUACAGAGAGUAAGCGACCAGAGGGUUUACCGCCUGGGUAUCCGAUCGACGACCGUCUGGGCUGUUGCCGUUUUCUGCUGGAUUAAUGAUCGUGUUUUCUGCGAGGCCUGGUCGUCGAUCAAUUUUCCGUACCUGCACGGCUUCUGGCACAUAUUCAUAUUCAUCGCAGCGUAUACGGUGUUGGUGCUGUUUGCCUAUUUCUACGUGGAAUCAGAACUGCCCCAGCGGCAGCCAUUGCUAAAGUACUGGCCGAAGAACGAGUUCGAGUUCGGGAUACCCUUCAUAUCGAUCAGGAAUCCAGAUUCAAAAGAUUGGCUCGACUACUGCAGUUUGUACAUGCAGGAUAAUGACUACAAGUUCGGAAAAAACUAAUGCAAGAUUUCAGGUGAUCAGGCUCCCUGAGUGGAGCCUUCUCCAAACAUAGACAUACACAGCGUGAUAUAAGUUAGUUUUGCAGAAAAAUAAAUACCUAACAAAUGUACACAAUAACCUAGCCGUUAAAUAGCUUUUCCGCAGAAAAGCGGAAACCAAAUUAUUAUAACCCACAAUGUAUAGCUGCCAUACAUAGAGCGUUACGUUAGGAAAUAUGAUUUACUUAUUUUAAUUAUUGUCAACAAAUGUACUGCAUAAAAAUAUGCAA